AUGGACCCCCGACUGCCUGCCUGGGCGCUGGUGCUGCUGGGCCCCGCCCUGGUGUUCGCGUUGGGCCCCGCGCCCACCCCAGAGAUGCGUGAGAAACUGUGCGGCCACCACUUCGUGCGCGCGCUGGUGCGCGUGUGCGGGGGUCCCCGCUGGUCCGCGGAGGCCAGGAGGCCUGUGGCUGCUGGCGACGAGAAGAAGUCUCACUGUGAUGCCUGGUCUGGUCUCAAACUCCUGGGCUCAAGUGAUCCUCCCACCUUGACCUUCCAAAGUGCUGGAAUUACAGGUGUGAACUGCUGCAGUGGCUGGAGAGACGACAUCUCCUCUAUGGACUGGUGGCCAACAGUGAGCCUGCGCUGGGAGGACCCGGCCUGCAGCCCCCACCCCAGACCUCUCACCAUCUCCGUCCCCGCCGCGCAGCUACCAGCAACCCUGCACGCUACUGCUGCCUCAGUGGCUGUAGCCAACAAGACCUGCUGACCCUCUGUCCCUGAUGAUUCCUUCUUGGGUGCAGCCUCAGCGUGGCCUGAUGCCCCGAGGGGUCUGGUCUGCUGAGCUCCUGAGACCACACAGCACCAUAAAGUCCCACAUCUGCAGGAACAUCGUUGAUUACCUCCUGGGACGAGAUGCUCACUAUCUACCCCAGACCAAUGCCACCUGCAGCCUGUGGUGUCAACUGUAGAAUAAAUCACACCCUAAGCCCUGGCUUGGGGG